AUGGCCGCCCGCGGCGUUGUCGCCGAGGCAGCCAACGUGCCCGCCCAAGGCAUGAAGUCGCUCGGCGUCCACAUGUGCGUCGAGGGCAUGACGAGCGACGUGCUCGUUGCUGCGUGGGAUAGGGCGAAGAACUUGAAAAAGGCCACCCCCCUUGGCAAGCCGAAGAUCGACGGCAGUCUCGACCGCAAGGGCUCGGUGGACGUUUACGACCUGCCCGUCAAGCCAUGGAGCGCUCGCGGCAACGCCUCCAUAAAGUCCGUUGUCGACAUCGUCACUGACGUCGACGCCGCCGAGAUGGCCGCUGUGGACUGGGCCAAGGUCAAAGACAUUAUGGCAGAAGGCAAGUACAAGGAAUUGCCGCCGCCGUUCUGCUUCAGCGACCCGGAGGCAGAGCCCCCUUGCACGAUGAAUCUUGCCGUCACACAGAGAGUCGCAGACGGACUCCCAAUCGUCGUGAAGUGGAUUCAGUUCAUUGGCGGGGAGAAGAGCCCCUUCGUGAGGGACAGCAUUAUCCGCGGCAACAUGCACGUUUUGGACUGGCGCAAGGACGUGUUCAACUCUGCCCGCACGAUGCAGAUCCUGUUCGAACGCCUCGGUGGUGUCCAAGCGCGAUACUGGGAGUUCGUGAGCGCGCCCGCGCCCAGAGCUGGCGGCGGCGACGUUGACGUCGAUCAGAAGAAGAAGGAGCUCUCGGCGGGCAUCCAGCACAUUAAGGACGAAGCCCCACGCACAAAUGCUGACUGCGAACAGCUGGAGUGGGUAGAGUGCGAGCUGGUGGACCCUUCGUCGCCAAUUCACAACCUCAGGCGGGAGCUCAUCAACGCGGUCCUCAAGGUGCUGCGGGACCGCGACCAUUUCGCCAACAAGCUGGUAUACUACCCCAUCCUGCUCCCAGAUGUCCGCGAUGAGUACCAGGGCGCCAUGCGGCGCGCCAUGGAGAUGCUGGACACCAACACCGUCCUGUGCGUGGGCGAGGCGGGCUUCGGCAAAACGCCGUUCAUGAUGUCGAUGGCCAUGGCCAGCGCCAGGCACAACGCCGACGCGGAGAACAGGGCGACUGGCCGCGCCGACGCGGUGGCCGCCGUGCGGACAGCGCCCGACAUGGAUUUUUUCCGCGGUGAAGUCGGGCAGCGCUGGGCCCCUUGCAUCUUCGACGACGGUGACCUGGCGGAGCAGAGGCCCAAGGUGUUGAAAGCAUUCUUCGACACCACUCAGGCGGAGGCCAUGACGUACGUCAGGUGGGGGGCGGCGAAAUUCGUCCGCGGGCAGGCCCGCUUCGGCGGGGAGAACGAAUACGACGCCAGCGCAGCGCCGACAGCUACGCAGUGGGCGCUGGCAUCCACAGGCGCCGACGCCGCCCAGAAGACGACCGCCAUCCUGACCGACAUGCUCAAGCCAACGUUCCCGAAGAACUUCUCGCCGAGCAAUGUCGGCGCUAUGCUGAAACGCUGCACCGUGUUCUUGAACACUCCGACUGACAUGUUCUUCAGGCUCGCUGGCACCGAGAGCCGCGUGGAAAAGCUCCCGUUGAUGGAUGGGUACCUCAAGCCCGAGGCGGGCAAGAUGCUGCGCUCCUACUUGGCCCGCGGGGUCAUGCGCGACGAGGAGGAGUUCGACAGGGUCAUGGCUUACGAGAAGAAGAUGGUCAUGGAGAUCACGGCAAAGCGCGGCGUCGAGUACGGCGUCCCCGCGGAGGCUGCAGGCCCAGAAGAGGAGGACCCGUUCGGCUUGGGCGGCUCCAUGAUCGGCGAGCAGGCGGAGGCGCCCGCGGCCGCCCCUGUCGUGCCGACGGCGCCGAUUAAGCGGGAGCCUUCCAAUGUCUUCAGCCGCAACUUGCGCCAGAACGGGCCCGUCGAGAUCGACCUCUGCAGCCCCUCCCCGUUGAAGAAGAAGGUGAAGUUCGAGUCGGGCACCGUCCCGCUGCAGAAGGUGAAGCUCGAGCCAGGCUCCAGCGACGCGGUGGGGCAGGACGAGUUCGGGCAGAAGCCGCCGAAGCCGCGCAAGCUCUCCCUUGUCUUGGGGGACAUCAUGGCUCAUGAGCUGAACGGCGCGGCGGGGCUCUCGCCAGACUCUGACGUCGCGACGGAGCAGGGCGCCGUGUCACUCACCCAGGCUCUGGAGGAGCACUCCGCAUACUUGACGACCAAUUGGUCGAGCGAGAUGGCCGCCAACGGCGAUGCCCGACGUGAGUGCCAGCGCCUCCAGGUUCAGUUUGAGGCGGGCGUCGACUCGCUCGCGUACCAUCGCGAGUGGUGUUCGCUGAAGUACCAGGCCUUCCAGGAGUUGCUUCCCCUGUGGCAGGCGCGUUCUCUGCUGCAUGACGAUGUCCGUGCGCGCGUCGCCUCUUUCCUGGUCCCCACUGAGCCGUCGUGGACGUGGAUUCCACGGGCGGCGCUGGUCCGCGCGGACAACGACCCUGUGCUGCCGUACGUCUGCUGCUUAGCGAGCAUGGAACUCCUCCACUGGAUGCGCCCCGCCGCGUUGGCGGUCGGCUUCCCCGCCGACGCCGUGCCCGCCUCGCAGGAGGGCGCGCGGCUGCGGGUCAAGUGGCGCUUGAUGGAGAUGCAGAUGUAUUGCAUCUACGACGAGCUGGAGGACGUCAGGGCGAAGAUGGCGACGCUCGACAAGACCAUCGAAGGGCUGAGCCGCAUGCGGGUCGUCGGCCAGAGCCGCGCCAUGGCGCCUGGGCGCGUCUUCCCUGCGCCUAAGCGGGGCAAGGCGCGCGCUGUCCUCAAGACGGGGAAGCCCAAGCGGAAGGCCCCGAAGCACGCGGGAAAGACAACGGCGAAAAAGACGGCGCCAAACCAGAGUGCGAGGAAGGUGCCUUACGUGCGGCACGGCAAGAGAACUUGCACGUCCAGGCCGGAGCGCGUUGCUUUCAAGAGGAACGUGUUCGAUUUCAUACGCGCAAGUGACCGCGAGAUCGUCGACAUGUUGCUCGAGGACCAGGUCUUGGAGAAUUUGGAAGGCCAGACGUGCUCUUUCUGCACGAAAGGAACCCUCGGCCCCCUGAAGGACGUCCAGGGCCGUGGACCGCGGUACCGCUGCAACCACAAGGGUUGCCAGAAGUUCUCCUUGCCCCAGAGCGGGCACAUGGUCUUCAGCAGCGGCUCUGGCGUUGCCGCGGUGCCCUUGCAGGAACAGUCUGCCGUGCUUUUCGCUGUCGUGAACAACGUCCCCCUUGCCAAGAUCCAUGCGCUCACGGGCAAGAACCACAAGGCGAUCGAGAGCAUGAGCAAGUUCAAUGAUGCGUGCCGAAAGAGCGACGUGCAGCAGCAGGAGAAACUGAUUUCUUUCGGAGGAAAGGGGCGGACGCGGAAAGAUGUCGAGGCCGAUGAGGUCGACCUCAGGGGCGAUCUACUGCCUGAUCACGCGGAGCGAGCUGAGAACGAGCGGGUCCAGUGGGAGCAGUGGGGCGGUGUCAUCGAAAGAGGCAAUCGCAAGACAUUGGUGUUGACGCGCCUCAAGCCAAGCCUCACCAAGCAGAGGGCGCCAGGCCCAGGCGCGAUACGCUUGCCUGAUUGGACGCCGUUCGCUCACAAGAACUUGAGCAACAGGAACGUUGUGCUCCACACGGACGGGGCAAAAACGUACAAGGUCAAGGUCGAGGGGAUGCUCCACGACCACGUCGUGCACCAGAGGAAGCGGCUCGUGAAGAAUGGCAAGCCCGUGAAGAAGAACGGCCGCCAGGUGUGGGUGAAACCCACGUACGCCAAGAAGUUUCAGCAUAAACUUCCUGGUGGACGAGUCCUCAAGUGCAAAGGCGGGACCCAGAUCAUCGACAGGUUCUGGCAGCACUUGCGCGGCUUCAUCAAGACCAGGAAGAGCUCCGUUGGCUCGGUGUCAUUGAACGCCAGGGUCCGAUCGGCCCAGUGGGCGUACUGGCAUGCCAACGAGGACCUGUGGCUGGAGACUGGCAAGAUGUUCAGCCGCUUGAGGGGGAAGUAG